AUGUCGGAGCAGCAACUAAUCCACGUCGCCAUUGUGGGUGGUGGGAUCGGAGGAGUGGUUUUGGGUAUUGCACUUUCCAAAUUCCAGCACAUCACAUACACCAUUUAUGAGUCGCGGGGCGCAUUCGGCGAGAUCGGGGCCGGCGUGGCCUUCUUCAAGAACGGCCACUCUGCAAUGCGCCUGAUCGACCCGCGCAUCUGGGAGAGCUACUUGGAAAUAGCGUCCUUCAAUGGCUGGGAGGACAAGCAGGACGUGUGGUUCGACUUCCUGGAUGGCGAGAGGGGCGAGAACGAGGGCAGGCGGAUUGUCGAGGUGCAGAUGGACAAUCCAAAGGGGUUGAGUGGGGCACAUCGCGCGAGUCUGCUGAACGCUCUGACGAAGUUGCUGCCGGCCAACGUGACGGAAUUCAACAAAAGGCUGGUUUCGGUGGAUCAAAGCCGGGAGAAUGUGGUUUGCCAGUUUGCGGACGGCAGCCAUGGCGAAGCAGACUUGGUGGUUGCGUGCGACGGCAUUUGGUCCGCUUGUCGACCGCUGGUAUUCGACGACCCGGAGUUGGCCUCCCCGAGAUUUACGGGCAAGGUUGCGUAUCGUGGCCUCUUACCUAUGAAGCUUGCUGAAGAAGUCUUGGGGGAUGAACAUGCGAACAACAGGACCAUGUUCCUUGGCCGCGGUGGCCAUGUCUUGAUGUUUCCAGUGGCUAAUGGGGCCGUAAUGAACGUCGUCGCUUUCCAUGACAGUGACAAGGCUACGUGGGAGGGCGAAUAUAUUCAGAAGCUACAGAUGGGGAAGGCUCAAAGGGACUUCAGUGAGUCCCAGUGGGGGUCAUGCGUAGUGAAGAUCGUGGAAGGUCUCGAAGCCCGCCAGGACGACAUCUCCAGCAUCUUGGCCGCCCUGUCGGCCGAGAGCCCUGAGGAUGCCCAAGCCGCCCAGGGUGCUCUGAGCGCUGCACCCGCAGCACCCGUUGCGCGCAGCCCCAAGAAGGAGGCCGCCGCCGCUGCUGAUGACGAUGAGGAGCAGCUGGACGCUGAUGGGUACGAGCUCGACACCAGGAAGGUCAACGAUGACGAGGACGAGCAGCUGGAUGCCGAUGGGUAUGAGCUCGACACCAGGAAGGUCAACGACGACGAGGACGAACAGCUUGAUGCUGAUGGGUAUGAGCUUGACACCCGCAAGACCAAGGACGCAGAUGAGGAGAAGGAGGAGGAGGAGGAGAUCGCUGCUGGUGAGGAGGACGCCUAA